UAAAACACGUAAUCUGAAACCAAUCUAAUGACACAAAGAAACACAUUACUACACAUGUAGACGUGUCAAAUCCGUUGGUAAAAUGACAAGAAAACAAAGAUGGGAAAAGUAAUCGGUCACAGAAAAAACAGACCGGCCCACAUGUUAAAUACACAUGUAGUACUUGUGGAUUUCGUAAAACAAACGCGGUACUCACAAUUCAAGAAUAACUGUAAGAUCUCCAUGCCCAAUUCUAAUGGAAUUAGCUACCACCACUAUCAUUCCUCCCCAGUUUCAGAGAUUGUUUGGUAAAGUGACAUUGGUGACUGGAGGAGCCACCGGAAUAGGCGAAAGCAUUGUGCGAUUAUUUCACAAACACGGUGCAAAAGUAUGCAUUGUAGAUAUCAACGAUAAUGCUGGCCAACGCCUAUUGGAUUCUCUCUGUGGUGAUCCAAACAUUUGUUUCUUCCAUUGUGAUGUUACAAAGGAAGAUGAUGUCAAACGCGCUGUUGACUUCACCGCAGAAAAAUUUGGUGCUCUUGAUAUCAUGGUGAACAAUGCAGGGCUCGCAGGUCCUCCAACCAACGACAUUCGUAAUGUGGAACUGGCAGAUUUCGAGAAGGUAUAUGAUGUUAAUGUGAAGGGUGUUUUUCUAGGAAUGAAGCACGCUGCUCGGAUUAUGAUCCCGUCAAAGAAAGGCUCCAUAAUUUCUUUAUGUAGUGUUGCAGGCACCUUAGGUGGCUUAGGUCCACAUGCAUAUACAGGGUCAAAACAUGCUGUCGUUGGCCUGACGAAGAGUGUGGCAGCUGAACUAGGACAACACGGAAUAAGGGUAAAUUGCGUUUCACCCUAUACAGUUCCGACAAAUUUGGCAUUGCCCCAUUUACCCGAGGAUGAGAGGACAGAAGAUGCUCUUGCGAGUUUCAAGGCCUUCGCUGAGACCAACGCCAAUUUGCGGAAGGUCGGGUGUACAGUUGAUGACGUCGCGAAUUCUGUGUUGUUUUUGGCGAGCGAGGAAGCUAGGUAUGUCAGUGGGGAUAAUCUUAUGGUUGAUGGAGGAUUCACUGUUGUGAAUCACUCCUUUAAAGUUUUUAGAUGAUUCGUAUUGUCGUAGUUUUUUUAGCUUUCAUCACGCAAGCGAUUGUUCAUCUGUCUUUAGAUUAAGAAAUUGUUGUUGUGAUUCGUAAUGAAAUGAAGGCAUUGUUUAUGGAAGUGAAACUAACUGUAUUUUAAGUUUCCCUCUUUAGUCUUCUUUGUUCAUGUUGUGUAGCCAGUGAUGACUUAUGCACUGAUCUUAGCUCUUAGAUUAUUAAUGAAUUAUAUUUUGGUCUUGCGGUUUGAUCUC